GCAGCCCGCCCGCAGGGGUCCUAAAUGUUUGAUGCCGCACAUGCGCAGAAAUGAUUUUUCUCUUUCUCGGUGGACGCCAUGGCGGAUGCACAAAAAAAGGUUCCAGCGGUCCCUGAGAGCCUUUUAAAAAGACGAAAGGCCUUCGCUGCCAUGAAGGCCAAACGCAUCAAGAAGAUGCUGGCUGAGAAAAAGGCUCGCAAAGUGAAGAGGAAGCUUAUCUUCAAGAGGGCCGAGCAGUACCACAAGGAGUACAAGCAGAUGUACCGGAGUGAGAUCCGAAUGUCCCGUAUGGCUCGCAAAGUAGGAAACUACUACGUGCCAGCAGAACCAAAACUGGCUUUUGUUAUCAGGAUCAGAGGUAUCAAUGGUGUAAGCCCUAAGGUCCGCAAAGUUCUGCAACUGCUCCGCCUACGCCAGAUCUUCAACGGCACAUUUGUCAAGCUGAACAAGGCUUCAAUGAACAUGCUCAGGAUUGCUGAGCCAUACAUUGCUUGGGGGUACCCCAACUUGAAGUCUGUACGUGAGCUUAUCUACAAACGUGGUUAUGGCAAGAUAAGGAAACAACGCAUUCCCCUUACAGACAACGCUCUGGUGGAGAAAACUCUUGGCAAAUACGGCAUCAUCUGUGUUGAAGACCUCAUCCAUGAAGUCUAUACAGUUGGAAAGAACUUCAAACUCGCCAACAACUUCUUGUGGCCCUUCAAACUGUCGUCACCUCGUGGUGGUAUGAACAAGAAAACCACACACUUUGUGGAGGGAGGAGACGCUGGCAACAGGGAGGAUCAGAUCAACAGAAUGAUCAGGAGGAUGAACUAAAGUUAUGGUUUUCACAGGGCUCAAAUUGUACAAUAAAAUAUGGAAAACUGAAA